AUGCGUACGUCUCUGUUUACGCAACAGCACGUUCCGCCGAGGUCCAAAGUUCACCAUAACAGCGCCGUAGCGGAGUUGGAAGGAACCAGGCCGUCAUUUCUUCGAUUGAGGAACUGUGAACGAAGCAGAAAUCAUGUUGAGAUCAGUGAGAAUACUUCCUGCCUUGACGAAAUUGUCCGGAACGGAGAAAUUUCUGUCAAAAACGGGGUCACUGGUGUUUGUCAAAGGCCAGAGGAUAGCUCAUCAGAGAAAAAACCUUCAAAAUCUUUUGCCAUGAAUUUGUUCAGGGGAGAAGUCAAUGCUGAUCAGGUUUUCCCUUUCCCUGAAGUGCUGUCUGAAGAACAGCGAGAGACCCUCCAGCUUCUGGUGGAUCCAUGCUACAAAUUUUUCCAGGAACAAAACAAUGCGUUCAAAAAUGAUGAAUUGGAGAAAGUGGAAGAUGAAACGAUGGAGGGACUGAAGGCAAUGGGAGCUUUUGGUCUGCAGGUUCCCGAGGAUUUGGGUGGUGUGGGGCUGUCCAAUACACAGUAUGCCCGUAUGGUGGAGAUCGUAGGAGCACAUGACCUGGGGGUGGGCAUAACACUUGGGGCUCACCAGUCAAUCGGGUUUAAGGGCAUACUGUUGUUUGGAACACCAGAACAGAAGCAGAAGUACCUGCCAGCGCUGGCCUCGGGGGAGAGGAUGGCUGCCUUCUGCCUGACAGAGCCGUCCAGUGGGUCAGAUGCCAGCUCUAUUCGCACAAAAGCUGUAUUAUCAGAUGACGGCAAACACUACAUAAUGAAUGGCAGUAAGAUCUGGAUCAGUAAUGGAGGUCUGGCUGAGGUGUUCACAGUGUUCGCACAGACACCGUUCAAAGAUGAGAAGACAGGAGAAAUGAAGGAUAAGGUGACGGCUUUCAUUGUGGAGAGACAGUUUGGGGAGUUUCCAAGUGAUGGUCCCCCAGAGAAGAAGAUGGGUAUCAAGGCUUCUAACACGGCUGAGGUGUACUUUGAGGAUGUGAAGAUCCCAGUGGAGAAUGUUCUAGGGGGUGUUGGAGGUGGCUUCAAAGUGGCCAUGAACAUUCUGAACAACGGUCGUUUUGGGAUGGCUGCUGCUCUCUCUGGGACCAUGAAGUAUUGCAUCAACUCUGCAGUGGAUCAUGCAACAAACAGAAACCAGUUUGGGAAGAAGAUUCACCAGUUUGGAGCCAUUCAGGAGAAGAUUGCAAGGAUGGUGAUGGCUCAGUAUGUGACAGAGUCGAUGGCCUACAUGGUGUCAGCCAACAUGGACCAGGGUUCCACAGAAUUCCAGAUUGAAGCUGCCAUCAGCAAAAUAUAUGCCUCAGAAGCCGCUUGGUUCUGUGCUGAUGAGGGAAUUCAGAUCCUGGCAGGCACAGGCUACAUGAAGUCAGCUGGCAUUGAGAGAGUGAUGAGGGAUCUUAGAAUUUUCCGUAUAUUUGAGGGAACAAAUGACAUCCUGAGGCUGUUUGUUGCUCUGACAGGAAUCCAGUAUGCCGGCUCACAUUUGAAAGAACUACAGCGCGCAUUCCAGAAUCCAGCUGCAAAUUUGGGACUAAUCUUUGAUGCAGGAGCAAAGAGAGCAAAACGGUUUGUUGGACUGAGCAAUGGACAGGCUUUGGGGAGUUUUGUUCAUGCUGAUCUCGCAAAACCAGCUAGUCAGACAUCCAAAUCCAUUGAAGACUUUGGAGGCAUCAUUGAAGACCUACUCAUGAAGCAUGGCAAGGGAAUUGUGGAGGAGCAGUUCAUUCUGAAUCGAGUGGCAAAUUCCGCCAUUGACAUCUACGCCAUGGUCUCCAUUUUGUCUCGGGCUUCAAGGUCGUUAAGUCAAGGUCAGAGCUCGGCCAGUCAUGAGGCAAAUAUCUGCAAGGUUUACUGUGAUGAGGCAUCGGACAGAAUUCGUGACAAUCUCAAAGCCACGUACAGCUCCUCAUCCAUCACAAACUUUAACCGGCUUGCGGAGAUCUCAGAUGACGUCAUUCAGAACGGAGGCACAGUUCAGUCUCACCCCCUCGGGUUUUGAGACAGAAGAACUUAGCUGUACAAUAGUUGUAAUUGUAAAAGUACUAUAUGUAACAUACACAAGCAAUCAUCGCUGAUACAUGUUAUUUAUACAACCGAAGGCUUGAUGGCUGCCGCCAUGCAGGUGUCUGUAGUAUAUGUGAUAUACACAAGCAAGCAUUGCUGAUAUGUAUUAUUUAUACAAGCGAAUUAAAGCUUUAUAGAGCUCCUACCAUGGAUGUGUCUUUAAUUAGGCAAGUACUGUACAUUUAAUGUUCAUGUUGUAGACAUACAAAGUCAUUUAUGACACCUACAUUUAAGGUUAAUUAAUGUAGCCAAUUUAUAAAAAUGCUCGAUCUACAAUUCCUCAGGGCUAAAUGUCGCUCAUUUAAACAAAUGUUCUACAUGUGAUCAAAGAUAUUCUCAGGAGAAUGUUAGAUUAUUUUUGUGUUUGCUUAUGUUUGUGUGUGAGGGAGUUUAGUGGAUGCAGUCCUGUCCCACAUGCUGUUUUGUGUGAAUUAACUGUGCAAAUGUAACAUAUCAAACUUAAGCUGAUGUUUAUCUCGCUAUAUUAUUAGCUGGAUACAUUUAAAUAUAAAAGCUGAGCAUUCUUUGUGACAAACUUUGUAUACUCAUGACCUCUUACGACAUGUUCUACCGUUCAGACUUUGGGCAUAGCCGACCAUUUGUUCUGUCAACUAGUCUGUGAAAUGUGAACAAGGUGAUUACAAAACGAGGUGUAGCAUGUGGACUGAAAUGAUUCCAAUGUGGAGUGGUUCUGAUGUCAUCAAAUUUGACUAGAAGUUGGCAUUUCAAAUGGCAUGUUGUGAACAUAACUGAAGGAAGACAUCUUGUGCAAUGCAUUACAAUGCAACAACAACAACAUUUUUAUUGACGGAAGUAUAGAUCUUAAGUAGGAGGAAGUAAUGUACAUGUAAUAUAAAAA